UCCACCUUCCACUCAGCUUAUCAUCCUUUCGGUACUACUCCGUACUCGUGGAGCUACAUUGCGCCUUGCGCCUUGCACGCUUACUCGAUUCAUCGAACGCGCACCGUGUGACUUGCCGAUUGAUUUCGGGCCCGGCAAAAUUAAUCGAAAUUGCAAGGGAAUACAUUUUGUUACCUCAAUUUUUUCUAAAUUGUUGGCGAUGCUGGCUAAAAAACUCGCUUGAGGAAUGUUAUUUGGAAAAUUGGAUCAAGUGGAUAGUUUUGGUGCUAAUCGAAGUGUGUAGUAACAUCACCAGUGAGUGGAGAAAAUUGAAUUGUGCGGUGUACUGUGCUAUAAGAAGUGCACUAAGAUUCCUUUUCGUAUUUAGCGGUGCCUAUUUUGAUACCAUGAUGUGGACUGUGGCUGUUACGUUGUUUAUGACAGCGUUUGCGCAUGCUUCUCCAUUUCACUGCCCAGAUGAAACUAUUUGUCAUGAAGAAGGUGCCAUAGAAGCCAAUUCUUUCCAGUUUCUGAAUAAAUUAGGACCAAAACAAUAUCAGAGUAUUAUUAAAUUAACGGUUGUAAAUGCAUCACAAGAUAAAUUGCCAGCUAAAUUAAAAUAUCUAAGAAAAUUAGAAUAUUUGGAUUUAUCUGAUAAUAAUAUACAACUCUAUACAAUUCCAUCGCUGCCACAUUUGAAGACAUUGAGGCUUUGCAGAAACAACAUAAAAGGCAUACAGUUUAGAUUAUUACCACGCAAUCUUGAAGAGCUUGAUUUAUCAAAUAAUCUUUUAUCACAUAUACCGAAAGAUUGGAGCUCUUUGAGAGCACUAAAAAUUCUCAAUUUACAAAAGAAUUUUUUGGACUGUGAUUGUUUGAAUAAUAAUGUUUUUACCUAUAAAAGAAUGAUGGUACAAGGUAUAAACAUUUCAGAAGAUGUGAACUGCUAUUUACCAAAACAAUAUUAUGGUAAAAAUAUAAACUCGAUUAACUGUACCAUAGAAGAUGAAAUGAUCAACGAUCAGCCUGAAGGAUCGGGAGCUUCCGAAGAUAUCUUCAAUCGUGAGUUACUUGUGAAUGCUCCUUAUCUUCGCGAAGAGGGAGACACCGGCCAAAAUGAAGUAAUUGAUGAUAAAGACGAAUUUCCGCAAGAACGACAAUUUUUGGUUGCUGAAGAUAUUCUUCCCAUAAAUACUGCGGAAGAGGGUAGUGGAGAUAUGGAAGGCAGUGGGCUUAUGCCAAUUGAAAUUGAACAUGUUGCUGCUUGCGUCUAUAAUUGUGCUACGCCCGAACCCAUUGGAGCUCAUGAUGAUAAAAACGAUUCUAGUGCACCAGACCCAACAGAUCAAAUAAAAAUUAUUGCUGAAGAUGUUUUCCAGCCUAUAUUUGCCGAACCUACGUCAUCCACUAGCACUUCAACUAGUAUAAGAACUGAAGUAUCUUUAGUCGAGGAAGAGACUGCGGUAAAGUCCACUAACUCAGAUGUUUAUGCAAAGCCAAGAAAAGAUAGCGAUGUAGAUUUGUUUUUGAAUGAAACGCAUACAGGAGAAAUGAAAAAAGCUACUGCUCUUAAUCAAAAUAAUUAUGCAGUUUAUAUUGUACUUACAUGUGGACUCCUGCUGACAGUAGUUUUUUCGGUUUAUUUAAUAAAGAAAAGGAGAGCUAAAAAACAUAAUAAAAAUCGCCGCGGGAGUCUUGCACGGUAUGAAGAGGAGAUGACGCCUCUAGAAAAACCCCCAAUAAAGUCUGUUAAUGAAAAGAAUGGAAAAUCUCCCAGUGGCAUUCCAGAACAUAUUCCUUUGAUUAACGGACAGAACGGUAAACCACGCGAUGAGCCUAUACUAACCUCUUUUACUCCUUUAGAGCAUCCAGAGCUUAACGGCAUGGAGGCAGAUGAACCAGCUAUUCGCCACAAACCCGAAUUACUAACUCCAUUCACGCAGAGGGUCACUGUACGAGCCUCCGAAAUACCAGAAUCAAUUCUCAAAACACCAGUGUUGGUUCAUCGUAAAAGAAAUAGUGACGGUGAAAUUGUCACUAGGGUACUACCCCCAUGAAUAUUGGAUAAUGUCUCAACAGUAUAGACAACCCAGAACUUAAAUGUGAUAAAUUAUAUAACUUAUUUUUGAGUUGUUCCUAUGGCUGUUAAUAAAAGGGCAUACUUUUUUAAUAAUUGAUGCUAGAGCUAGGAUGCACUCAAGUUGUUUUAAAAACUGUAUAGUAUAAUGUUUAGAAUAGAUACCUAUAUUUUAGGCUAAAUUUCUCUAUUCUAAAUUCUCAAUUAAUUUUCCUGUCCCAAUUUUUUUUAAUCUUGGACAAAGGGAGGUUAGCUGAGUUGUUUUAAGUGUAAAUUGUUUAAAUGUUUUGUUCAGUUUUUCCAUUCUAUAAUUUAUAUAUUGUUUUUAUAGAAACUUUUUCAGCAAAGUCGGAAAAUCUUAUUUUACUGGUUAUGGAAAAAAACAAUCUCUGACGUUCACAAGUUAUGAAGACAUACGAGAUUUUUAAAAAAUUUCUUACAUUGGAAGGUCAUAAUUUUUUUUUUAAUUAAAAUUUUUACACAUCCCGUCCAUAUUUUUUUUUUUGAAUAUUGGGCAAGUGGUUAAAAUACAUUCUAAGGUAUAUUAUGUAUUUUAUUAUUGCUAGUUGGCUUUAAUUUUUCUGUAAUAUUGUUGCAAAUAUUUGCUAGCUUUUUUGUGAAUUUUAAAAUAGUGAGUUUUUUUUUUUUAAUGUUAUCAUCAUUUAUGGCUUUAGAAAAUAGAACCCUUGUGUUUGGCCAUCAAAAACGUAUAGCUUUCCGAAAAUAUUGGAAGGGAACUAACUCAUUCUGUCUACAAAGAUCUAUGGCUUGUAUUGAUAUUUGUUGUUGGAACAUAUUUCCAUCAAACAUGUUCAAAAAAUGAUAUAUUAAUUAUUAUUAUAUAAAAAUUAAAAAAUAAUCAACUUUAUUUUAGCUCCUUUUUUGUUCACCUAUUUAUAUAUCACCGCUGCCAAAGUAAUGUAUAUAACAAAGUUAAUAGAUAAUUUAAAAAAAC